ACGAAGAGCGACGGGCGCGGGCACUGGCAGCAAUGCCUGGACGACACGGAGGACUCGGGCUCCAAGGACCUCCUCGACGGCACCAGGCCCGGCCGCAGGGGCAACCUUGCCGCAGCCGCCGCGGCCGCGCAGCUGCUCGAAACCGAAGGCUUCCGGAGACCUUCCUGGACCGACCUGCUCCAGGGGCUGCGCCCAGAAGCGCCACCGCGCUCGGAGGCUGCCGAACCGGGGGAAUGGCAGCACGGCUGGCAGUUCCACGCUUGUUCCGCACGCAACACCCACUACAGGGACAACGUGUUCAUGCCCAGCCUCACCAGGGCCAACCAGGCCAUGCUAAGGUCAGGCUCAGGACCGAGGGCCGCCUACUGGCUUCACGCCUUGCCCACCACCGAGGGGCGCGAGUUCAAGCCCGCGCGGUUCCUGGCAGCCUUGCGCCGGCGCCUCAGCACCAUGGUGUCCCCCCUCCGCAGGGACGGCUGGCACCGGCCGCGCACCUUCGACAUCGACGGCGCCGCGCUACUUGUGGCCGAAAGGCGCAAACGACGCAGGUACCACGAACUCACGACCGGCCAUUCAGGCCGCCUCAUGGUCCUCUCCUGCGAGGUCGGAGGCAGGUGGGGCCGCGACUCCCUCCAGCUGGUACGCCUGCUUGCCAAGCAGAAGGCGCGGGCCGCACCGGCCCUCCUCCGCCGCUCCGCGGAGCUCGCGUACACCAACCGCUGGUGGGGGUUCCUGAGCGUCGCGGCCCAGGACGCGCUCAUGGCCACCCUGACGGGCGACGGCUACCCAGCCUUGGGGGGAGCCGCUGGGGAGGACGACCCAGACCUGGCCGAAAUGCUGCUCGCAGACUCCGCCGGCGCGCAGGGCGGCUCGGCUGGGCGGGCGGCGGGCGGCGGCGUCUGGCGGCGCGAAGACCGCGCGGUGGCCGGCAGCAGCAUGGAGAUUGGCGAUAAGUCGGCAGUGGAGGUAGCAUUCAGCAUGGUAGAGAGCGCGCUUGUCCCCGGCGCCCAGCUCGCCGAGCCCGCCGGUCCUGAGCCCGCCGAGCCUGCCCCCAGGGAUCUUGCUGGUGCGUUGUACUUCAUCAACAGGGCUAUGAGCCACAGCCAGUGGGAGCACCCUGUAGCGCAGCACCAUGCUCGCGUGAGCGAGUUGAGGGCUCGGAUUGACGCGCUUGCGGCGUCCGAGGGCGAGCCCACUCCAG